AUGUCGACAUCUGCUACAACCACCCAGGCGGGACACUCCGUCCGCCUAACCAGCGACCAGCUCCCCCCAAUUCCAUCCGCAGCAAACGAUACCGCAUUCCAGGGCCUCGCCCGAGGAGGUCGUAACGGCACCCUCAAACUGCGGGGCAUCCCCACAUUCACAGACCUGCACGAGAAGCGCAAGUGGAUGAGAGAGCACAUGGCAGCUGCCUUCCGAUACUUCGGCAAGCUGGGGUAUGGGGAGGGUGUAUCGGGUCACAUUUCAAUGCGAGACCCGAUUCUGAAGGAUCACUUUUGGAUGAAUCCCUUUGCGAAACAUUUCUCGACCAUCAAGGCUUCGGAUUUGGUCUUGCUGGAUGAGAAUGGGUUCGUGGUUGAGGGUGGUGCUCAGAUGCCUGUUAAUGAGGCUGGGUUCUUGAUUCAUUCUGAGAUUCAUAAGGCCAGGCCGGAUGUUGUGGCUGCGGCUCAUACGCAUGGAAUUCAUGGGAAGACGUGGAGUGCGUUUGGAAAACCAAUUGAGAUGUUGACCCAAGGUGAGAAUUUAGACUUUAGAUCUGAUGGAGGUGGGGUUCAAGUUUGUGCUGACGGGGUAUACACAGAUGCAUGCAACUUCUUUGGUGGAUUGGGUGUCUAUGAAGACCAUGGUGGUAUUGUUCUCUCUUCCGAGGAAGGAAAGGCCAUUGCGAAAGCGCUGGGACCGACUAACAUUGCGUGUAUCCUGCAAAAUCAUGGUCUUCUUACCGUCGGCCGGACUGUGGACGAGGCUGCGAUCCUUUAUUCGAUGCUCGAAAAUGCUUGCCAGUCACAGCUUCUGGCGGAAGCAGCAGCAGCAAAUGGUCUGCCUAAGAAGAUCAUUGCAGAUGACGCUGCUAGAUUCACGGCACAAGCUGCACAGAACCCUCACAACUUCUAUACCGAGUUCCAACCGGAGUUUGAAUUAAUUGUCGAAGAGACCAAUGGAAGGGUUCUUCUAUGA